AUGUUCCCUAAAAGAGAACCUGAUCAAUACUACUCUCACAAAGCAAGAAUAGUAUGUUCCCUAAAAGAGAACCUGAUCAAUACUACUCUCACAAAAUCAACUCAUUCAUCUUGUCUUGAGUCAAUUGCUAACAACAGUGUCUUCAUAUUUGGCCUUAUUCGUCAACGGUCUUUAAAAGACGUCAAUGCUUCUCUUUGGCAGUUGGGUAAAAUGACUAGCCCUACCAUGCGCCAGUUAAGCUAUGCAAUCUCUGCCAGACAGUGGUCAUCACAAAUCCAGCACUUCCCAGCAUUCUCUCCCUCAUUUCCAUCAGCCUCCCCAGUCAUGUAUGAUGUUUGUCCCAGCCAAAGUAUCAAUCCAGCGUCCACACCUUCUGAUGCCAACAUUCACCUUGCGUCGAUUUUCCAUGCCGAUAGUGACACUGAUGGCGAAUUGGUUGUGCUUCCUGAAGAAUUUGCUCAAAAAAGAGGAGCUUUGUGCUUAGAUGGUUCACCUGCAGGAUAUUAUAUCCGACAGGGUCGAGGAUCUUCUCGUAAAUUUUGGAUUCUACAUCUCCAAGGAGGAGCCUGGUGCUCAACUCAAGAGGAAUGUUAUAAAAGAAGUUUCACUGAUCUUGGUUCAAGUCUGAAGGCACCAGUGUCAGCAAGUUUUGAAGGUUUUAUGUCAAGUGAUGACAUGAUAAAUCCAGAUUUCCAUGAUUGGAACAUGGUGCGCUUUCUUUACUGUGAUGGUGGUUCUUUUCUUGGAAAUCGCUCUCAGGCUAUCAAAUAUAAAUCAAGAAAAAUUUAUUUCGAGAAAGUCAUCUUAAGUGGAUCAUCAGCUGGUGGCCUUGCAGCAUUAAUCCAUGCUGAUCAUUUGCACAAACGACUGCAAAAAAUUAAAUCUGUUCAUGCUGUACUUGAUGCAAUGCUAUUUGUUAACCUGACAAGUCGCAGUGGCCAGAAAAAAAUGAUGAAUAUUCUGGAAAACACAUUCCAUUUACACAAUAUCAAAGAUUCUGUAUCACUGGAUGAUUGCUCACAGACAAUGUCAGACGAUACUAAAUGGCAGUGCUUCUCACCUGUGUAUUUUUAUAAACACAUGUUCACUCCAGCUUUUUUCCUCAAUUCUGUGCACGACCGCUGGUACUUGAACCAGGCACUGGAUGUUACUUGUGAUUUUAAAAAGUGCUCUUCCAGCGAAAUAAAAUAUAUAUCAGAUAUCCGGACAGGCCUGUUAGAAACAGUCCAUGACAUUCUCACUUCUCAAAAGGACGGACGAUACUUGACAGCUUGCCCGGUCCACUCUGUGCUUGUGAACAACUUUUUCACCCAGCCACUGGCUGGGCAUGUCUCCCCACAAGAGGCAAUUGGAGAUUGGUACUUUGAGAGAAACUCUGUGUCUUCCAUUAAUGUUAUCCCAAGAGAAGCCUUUCCAGAAGCUGUUUCCGUGUGUUACAAAUAUUUCAAUGAUGAUGAAAAAACAUUUAAAAGGUGCUUUGACGUUUGCACAUUUCUGCUUACAACAAUCAAAUGCUCACAUGGCAGGAGGCCAUCCAACCCUGUUUACAGUUUUGACACUAAACUGACCUGUAGCAAAUGCCACAGUUCAGUACCACCUGUCCCUUGCUCAUCCUACAGGCAAAGGAAUUUAUUCCCCCCCCAAUUCUUUUCUCAGGUCACCUCUUACACACUCUCAUGUCACUCAAGUGGCACCCUCCCAUCAUUCAACCUCCAGUGGCAUCACCCCAUCAACCAACCUCCCCUGUCUGAUCAGGUGACUGCCUCUCCCCACAUCAUUGAAACUCCCCUCUCUUCCCUAAUGAUACUCCUUCCUAUCACUCAACCUGCCCUCUCUUCUCAGAUGAUAACCCACCCCAUUACUAAAUCUCUUUUCUUCUCAGUGACACCUCCACUUCAUCACUCAGCCUCCCCUCUCCUCUCGGGCAAUGCCCAGGCGACCCUCCCUUCCCGCUCUCCUCUCCUCUCGGGCGAUGCCCAGGCUCAACUCCCCUCCCUUCCCGCUCUCCUCUCCUCUCGGGCGAUGCCCAGGCUCAACUCCCCUCCCUUCCCGCUCUCCUCUCCUCCUCUCGGGCGAUGCCCAGGCUCAACUCCCCCCUCCCUUCCUCUCCUCUCCUCUCGGGCGUGCCCAGGCUCAACUCCUCCCUCCCUUCCUCCUCCUCUCGGGCGAUGCCCAGGCUCAACUCCCUCCCUUCCCCUCCUCCUCCUCUCGGGCGUGCCCAGGCUCAACUCCCCUCCCUUCCCGCUCUCCUCCUCUCCUCUCGGGCGAUGCCCAGGCUCAACUCCCCUCCCUUCCCGCUCUCCUCUCCUCUCGGGCGAUGCCCAGGCUCAACUCCCCUCCCUUCCCGCUCUCCUCUCCUCUCGGGCGAUGCCCAGGCUCAACUCCCCUCCCUUCCCGCUCUCCUCUCCUCUCGGCGAUGCCCAGGCUCAACUCCCCUCCCUUCCCGCCUCUCCCCCUCUCCUCUCGGGCGAUGCCCAGGCUCAACUCCCCUCCCUUCCCGCUCUCCUCUCCUCUCGGGCGAUGCCCAGGCUCAACUCCCCUCCCUUCCCGCUCUCCUCUCCUCUCGGGCGAUGCCCAGGCUCAACUCCCCUCCCUUCCUCCCUCUCCCCCGGCGAUGCCCAGGCUCAACUCCUCCUUCCCGCCUCUUCCUGCGAUGCCCAGGCUCAACUCCUCCCUUCCCUUCCCUCCUCCUCUCGGGCGAUGCCCAGGCUCAACUCCCUCCCUUCCCGCUUCUCCUCUCCUCUCGGCGAUGCCCAGGCUCAACUCCUCCCUUCCCGCCUUCCUCUCCUCGGGGCGAUGCCCAGGCUCAACUCCUCCCUUCCCGCCUCCUUCUCCUCGGGCGAUGCCCAGGCUCAACUCCCUCCCUUGCCCAGGCUCAACCUCCUUCCCUCUCCCUCCUCGGCGAUGCCCAGGCUCAACUCCCUCCCUUCCCGCCUCCUCUCCUCUCGGGCGAUGCCCAGGCUCAACCCUCCCUUCCCAGGCUCAACCCCCUCCCUCCUCUCGGGCGAUGCCCAGGCUCAACUCCCUCCCCUUCCCGCCUCCUCUCCUCUCGGGCGAUGCCCAGGCUCAACUCCUCCCUUGCCCAGGCUCAACUCCCUCCCUUCCCCUCCUUCUCCUCUCGGGCGAUGCCCAGGCUCAACCCUCCCUUCCCGCCCUCCUUCCUCUCGGGCGCAUGCCCAGGCUCAACUCCUCCCUUCCCGCCUCCUUCCUCCUCGGGCGAUGCCCAGGCUCAACUCCCUCCCUUCCCGCUCUCCUCUCCUCUCGGGCGAUGCCCAGGCUCAACUCCCUCCCUUCCCCCUGCCCAGGCUCAACUCCCUCCCCUCUCCUCUCGGGCGAUGCCCAGGCUCAACUCCCCUCCCUUCCCGCUCUCCCUCUCCUCUCGGGCGAUGCCCAGGCUCAACUCCCUCCCUUCCCCCGCUCCUCCUCUCCUCGGGCGAUGCCCAGGCUCAACUCCUCCCUUCCCGCCUCCUUCCGGGCGCGUGCCCAGGCUCAACUCCCCCCCUCUCUCCUCUCCUCUCGGGCGAUGCCCAGGCUCAACUCCCCUCCCUCCCUUCCCCGGGCCUCCUCAACUCCUCCCCGGGCGAUGCCCAGGCUCAACUCCCCUCCCUUCCCGCUCUCCUCUCCUCUCGGGCGAUGCCCAGGCUCAACUCCCCUCCCUUCCCGCUCUCCUCUCCUCUCGGAUGA